CAAACAACUCCUCCCCGCCGAUUUUCCUUCCGUUAGUAUUUCAGACACACUGAAAAAUCUCUAACAUGGUUCGUCAUCUGCAUGCAAGCGCCGAUUCCGACUCGGACUCGUCGAUGCGCCUGAAGUCCAAAGCCCGUAUGCUGGUCUCCAUCUCGGCACUCCUUGCCAUCGGCCGCCGCCUCUCGGGGAAGCUGAAAGCCUCCAACUCCAAGCUGAUAAAAAACAACAACCACUCGGAUGUCGCGCCAAAUAAGUCGCCGAUGAUGAGAAAGCCCAAGCAGCUGAUGUCGACCAUAAGCAACAAGGCCGUCACCUUCCUGCACCGGAAAAAGAUCGGCGAGGAAUCGGAUGGUACGGCCCACGCCGUGGAGGAGGAGGAGUGGGGGGACGGUGGGGUAUGGCAGAGGUCGAUCCUGAUGGGGGAUAAGUGCGAGCCGUUGGAUUUCUCGGGCGCAAUUUACUACGAUAGUAACGGGAAGAAACUUAACGGAGCUCCCCUCCGGUCCCCACGUGCAAGUCCGAUGCCGGGGUACCUCGAAAGGGUCAACCGAAACUGA